UUGAUUCGCCAACAAAAAAGUUCCCCCAUUCACCGUUUCGCUUGUGUCAACAAAAACAAAAUCUCACUCAGAAAGCUUUUCGAAACCCUAAAACCAAGAACACCACCGUUUUCACUCACCUCCUUCCACCACAUCUUCAAUGGCGGAAUACGAUCUAACACCACGCAUAGCACCAAAUCUCGACCGCCAUUUAGUCUUCCCUCUCUUGGAAUUCCUCCAAGAACGGCAAUUAUACAACGACAACCACAUCCUCAAAGCCAAGAUCGAUCUUCUCAACAACACAAACAUGGUUGAUUACGCUAUGGACAUUCACAAAACACUUUACCAAACUGAAGAUGUUCCUCAAGAUAUGAUUGAACGUAGGGCUGACGUUGUUGCUCGUCUCAAGUCUCUUGAAGAUGCCGCUGCCCCUCUUGUGGCGUUUCUGCAGAAUGCUUCUGCUGUUCAGGAAUUGAAGGCUGAUAAACAUUAUAAUCUUCAGUUGCUUAAUGAUAAAUAUCAGAUUGGUCCUGCACAAAUAGAGGCAUUAUACCAAUAUGGCAAAUUUCAGUUUGAAUGUGGAAACUACUCUGGUGCUGCUGACUAUCUUUAUCAGUACAGAGCAUUAUGCACAAAUAGUGAAAGGAGUUUGAGUGCAUUAUGGGGAAAGCUGGCAGCUGAAGUAUUGAUGCAAAACUGGGAUAUUGCUCUUGAAGAGCUCAAUCGGUUGAAGGAAAUGAUUGACUCAAAGAAUUUUUCAUCACCUAUGAAUCAGGUGCACAGCAGAAUAUGGUUAAUGCAUUGGAGUCUGUUCAUCUUUUUCAACCAUGACAAUGGAAGAACUCUGAUAAUUGAUCUGUUUAACCAGGACAAGUAUCUUAACGCAAUCCAAACUGGCGCUCCGCACCUUUUGCGAUACUUGGCCACAGCAUUUAUUGUCAACAAGCGCAAGAGGCCUCAAUUCAAAGAUUUUCUAAAAGUUAUUCAACAAGAGCAGCAUUCAUUUAAGGACCCCAUCACUGAGUUUUUGGCGUGUGUUUAUGUGAACUAUGACUUUGAUGGCGCACAAAAGAAGAUGAGGGAGUGUGAAGAAGUAAUUCUCAAUGAUCCCUUCCUUGGUAAACGAGUGGAAGAAAGCAACUUCUCAACUGUACCAUUAAGGGAUGAGUUCCUUGAAAAUGCUAGGCUUUUUAUUUUUGAGACAUACUGCAGGAUACACGAACGCAUUGACAUGGGAGUACUUGCUGAGAAGCUAAAUUUGAAUUACGAGGAGGCUGAGAGAUGGAUUGUGAAUCUCAUCCGUGGCUCAAAGCUUGAUGCCAAAAUUGACUCUCAAACUGGAACGGUUAUCAUGGAACAUAAUCAUCCAAAUGUGUAUGAGCAGCUGAUAGAGCAUACCAAAGCCCUUAACAGUCGUACUUACAAGUUGGUCACUCAAAUUCUGGAACAUGCACAAGCUCCAGCAGCUCAUUAAACUGCCUAGGUAGAUGUGAUGAUUGAAGAUAAUCCAGCAGGCACAAAAAGCAAAAUAACAAAUUGGAGGAAUGAAUCAAUAAUCGAGAGCUAGCAAAGGAUCCCAAAUUUUAUUUUGUGAGGAGGGGCACACGAGAGGAGGCAACAUAAAAGGAUACCAAUGAAUGAUUGGUGUGGAAUGUUUUGGUGAAAACCAUCUCUCUUCUCCUUGCCUUGCAUACUUUAUGUACUUCGCUGGGUGUACUUACCUCUUACAUUCCUGUACUUGCAAUUAUCAUAACAUGAAAAGGCUUGCAGCCAUAAGAAUUAAGUCCUAAAAUUUUGUAAUAGAUUCUUAAACUGUACAAUGUCUUUUGACAAUCGAGUGAUUUUUUUUUUUUUGAAUCA